AUGCAGGAAGUAUUCCCAGCACCCUGUGAGGUGAUUCUUCCUCAACCACCCCCGAUCACUAUGCAGGGACAGACCCAACAAGAUCUGCCCAUCCGCAGCGGUGAACAAGAUACCUACGACUUCUCGUCACUUGAUUUCCCAGCCCCAUCAUGGGACCCUAUGGCUGGAGGAUUGUUCAAUGUCAUGCAGCCAGCCAACCUUUUCAUACCGCACGAGAGUCAUCCACCAGAACAUAAUACACCUCCACAUGUUCCACUCCUACCUGUACUCAAUAUUCCUGCAACCUGUGUCAUCCCUCCCACUCCCACCAACCCUGUCAUGAUGGGAAACCUCACGAUGGACACCCAGGGAGGGCCUUCAGGUGCCGCCGUCGUUGGUCAGAGGUCAGAAGAUGCCAACACUGCAAUAGAAAAACAGUUUGACCUCAUCGAUUGCGCCAUCAAUGAGCUUGUAGUCUCGACUGGCAUGCCAACGCAGCAAGUUUUGAAUCUAUUCCUCAAGUCUCGGGGCCGCAUCAAUAAUGGAACAAAUUACUGGAACAUCUACGGGCAAUACUUCAAAGCUUAUCGCCUGUGCGAGCUACAUGGUUCUGACUCAUGUUGGGAUGCAGUCACAUUGACCAUCCAAGGCGAAUACAUCCUCAACACAUUUGAUGAGACACGGAUCGCUUCAGGCCCACCUCUGACUGUUGCACAAUGGUCACAAGAAUUCACGAGGUUGACAAAGAAAGUAACAUCCUUGCUGGAUCUGGCCACCGCAAAGCAUGGCUUCGAAGCAGCGCUGCUUAUGUGCGGGAAGGUCGUGAAUCAAGAUGCAUCAAUUGGCUACAUACACAUGACCCCUGGUGCAGAGGAGUUUUGGGCUUCCCGAUGUCGUGCUGAUGAUAACACAAUGGUGGGGCAUUUUAAGGCCCAUGUAUACCACCUGGCUUCUCUUGCCGUUGUUGAGGAUGUUUAUGGUGAGGGCGGACUUAAACCUUCCAAAAAGAAUAUAGCAUUGCCUGGGCGGCGCACACGCAUGCCAGGGGUAAUAGAAGAUGAUGACGAGGUACAGGAGGUUCCCAACAAUGUCGAUUGGAAGACACUGGCCGACCACAUACAAUGCAUCAAAGUUGGCAUAACCUCAAUGUUCAGUGACCUUGGCGGGAAGUUAACAGCAUGGUCAGGAACUUUCCCAUGGAAACUAUUGCCUGCCGAGCUGGCGCAUCACUGGUUUGUGAUGAAAGGGUAUCCUGAAGACAUGUUGAUGCCAGGAGAGCCACGUGUAACGGUUGCACGACCCAAAGGCAUCAGCGACUUCGAUAAACGUGAACGUGUCAUACUUGCGGAUGCCUUGCGAUCAGGCAGAUUGACCAUUGAAUGA